AUGUCUAUAGAAAUCAAUAACCGAGAUAAAACUUUACGACUAUUAAGUCCUCCACGAUACACCAGACCAUAUCAAAACUAUAGUUAUCCCACUACUGCUACUGCUAAUACCAGUAUGCACUCGACUCCUCCUGCUUUCGGUAUCAAUGAUAAUUGCGUUGCGCGACAAAGUAUACUUAAUAAUGACUUGAAAUUAUCAAGGACAUCAUGUUUUCAAAUGCUGCUGGACUUUCGAGAGUCCGAAAUGGAUUGUGAUGUUGAUGAACUGCCGUGUCAUUUAGAAGAAUAUGAUUUAGAAAUGUACCAGCAACAGCAACAAAUGCGAAAGGAACGUACAGAACGCACCACACAUUUACCUUAUACGAUGGGUUAUCGCGCCGAUUGUGAAAAGUGUCGUCAUCAUGUUCCCGGUCAUUAUGCUCACCUAAUAGGGAAACAACAAUAA